CUGCCCCCGACCCCCAGCAGGGCCUUGGAGGACAAACCCCCCCCUCCGCCUCCUCCAGUGGGCAACAGGCCCUCCAUCCACAGGGAAGCGGUCCCACCGCCUCCCCCUCAGAACAGCAAGCCCCCCGUGCCUUCUACCCCGAGGCCUUCCUCCUCCUCACAGGCCCCACCUCCACCGCCGCCACCAAGCAGGCCCGGCCCUCCUCCCCUGCCUCCAGGUUCCAGUGGCACUGAUGAAACCCCAAGACUCCCACAGAGGAAUUUGUCCCUUACGCCGUCUACAACCCCCUUACCUUCACCGGGACGAUCAGGCCCUCUUCCUCCCCCGCCCAGUGAGAGACCCCCUCCUCCGGUGAGGGACCCACCGGGCAGAUCAGGCCCUCUCCCACCACCCCCUCCAAUAAGCAGAAAUGGCAGCACAUCUCGGGCCCUGCCUGCCACCCCCCAGUUGCCUUCCAGGAGUGGAAUAGAUAGUCCCAGGACUGGACCCAGGCCUCCUCUUCCUCCUGACAGGCCUGGCGCCGGGGCACCUCCCCCACCUCCACCAUCAACAUUGAUUAGGAAUGGCUUCCAAGACUCUUCAGGAGAAGAUGAGUGGGAAAGCAGAUUCUACUUCCAUCCCAUUUCUGACUUGCCGCCUCCAGAGCCAUAUGUACCAACAGCCAAAAGUUAUCCCAGUAAACUGGCAAGAAGUGAAUCCCGGAGUGGAUCCAACCGAAGAGAAAGGGGUGCCCCACCACUUCCUCCCAUCCCAAGGUGAUCUUUGCCUGCUCUUCUCCAGCCGAGCCCAAGAGCUCCUUCUGUUGUUGUUCUCCAAGGGUGCAAAACCCUCCUCCCCUUGUCUUCACUUGUCCCCUUCAUACUGGCUGUAGGGAAAGGGAGGGUGAUGUGGGAAUAUGUGUGCG